AUGACUUCGCCUCGUUCAACCAAACUUAAACAUAAAAAACAUCCACCAUAUCUCCGACCAUCUGCUUCGAAUCAAUUCCACAAAAGAAAUCGGUUCGAAUACUUCAGUUAUAUGGAACCUGUCUGUUCACAGCGAUGGCGUAAAAACUCGACGAAAAAAAAACCAUAUUGA